UCCCAGCUCAGAGCACACUGACAGCCGGGAAGAAGAAGAAGAUAAUGACUGCUGGCUGGAGCCUAUAGCAGCUGCUGAGGGGUGAUAUCCUGGUCAGUGAGGGGCAAAGAACUAGGGGGGCGUCGGAUGCUUAGGAAAAGGGUGCAGUAUAGGUAACCCCUCAGAUCCUGCAGCAGGGUUAGUCUAUUAAAAGUAAUCAUUUUUGCAAACUAAUUGCAACUUUUGCACACUUUUUGUUAAUUUAUUGGGAUUAUUUAACAAUAUUUAUAUAUUUUUUUUAGCAUGUCUAAUUAGGCAAAUAUUCUUAAUUGCUGGUAAUAAAAGAGACGGAAGCCAUGACGGGUGUGACCAGGGAGGACAAUGCCAGGGAAGGGGUCAUGUUGGGUGGCAAAGUGGCAAGAGGGCAUAGAAAAGAAGAGGAGAGGUCCCCUAGUUGGGACAGGGGUGUCCCCUGCGGGGUGUCAGACGCUGCUCCUAUGUCAGGUGCCGUGAAGAAACACCAUCACAAGCGCAGUAUUAAACACCGCUACCAGCUCCUGGAGACGCUCGGAAGAGGAACCUAUGGAAAAGUGAAGAGGGCAGUAGAUAAAAGCACAGGCAUGAUGGUUGCUGUGAAGUUAAUUCAAAAAGACAAGAUCACAGAUGAGCUGGACAGGGUCCAUCUUCAGCGAGAGAUUGAGAUCACGGCGCUGCUGAAACACGAGCACAUCAUACAGGUCUUCGAAGUGUUUGAGAGCACAGAUAAGAUCAUCAUCGUCAUGGAGUACGCCAGCAAUGGAGAACUGUACGAUUUCAUAAAUAACAAGCACCAGCUCCCCGAGAGCGAUGCCCGCAGGUUCUUCAGACAAAUCGUCUCCGCUGUUCACUAUUGCCACAAGAAUGGAAUUGUGCACAGAGACAUCAAGCUGGAGAAUAUCCUCUUGGAUGAAAACCUAAAUGUAAAGCUUGCAGACUUUGGACUCUCCAAUCUCUACCACAAAAACCAGGUCUUGGAAACGUACUGCGGCAGCCCUCUGUAUGCGUCUCCGGAGAUCGUCAAGGGUCUUCCAUACCAUGGACCAGAGGUUGAUUGCUGGGCCCUGGGCGUUCUGCUGUACGCACUGAUCUAUGGAAGCAUGCCAUUUGAUAACAGUAAUUAUAAAACACUGGCAGAACAUAUUGGCGGCGGACAGUACAGGCAGCCUCCUCAUCUGUCCGGAGCCUGUGGACUGAUCGACUGGAUGCUAACAGUAAAUCCCUCUAGAAGAGCUACCAUUGAAGACAUCGCCAACCACUGGUGGGUUAAUUGGGGCUACGACACUGUGGUCUGCGACUGUGAUCUGGUACCCGAAUGCCAGUCUCCGCUGCUGGCUCGGUACAUCGAGUGUCAGAACACACCGGGUUUCAAAGGAACACAGAAAGAACAUUUCAAACCCCAGCAAAUGGAAGAUGAUGAAUAUGAAGUAUGCCUGAGAAAAUCCAAAAAGGAGAAUGACAUUAAUCACUCUCAGCAGGAACCUGAACUUAUUCUUCCAAGGCAAAUACCCAAAGGGAUCUUGAAGAAAAGGAGCAGCUUUGACAGUUCCUUUCUAAACUCUAAUUUCUCAGAGAACCUGUCUGAAAAACGCUUGGAGCUCAGCAGAGAAGCACAAACCACAUCCGCCUACGAGUCGCACAAGUCAGUCAAUAUCGAAUGCACUUUCAACAUGCCAAAAAAAGGAAUCCUGAAAAAAACAUUUGAGAGGGAAUCGGGUUAUUCUUCUUCUCCAGAGAGGUUAAUAUACUCAGAAAUCCAGGAAACCUACCUCACAGUACCGGAAGAAAAGGCAAAGUAUGACAAGCACUCAAAAAGAAAAAAGGGAAUUCUAAAAAAGAAUGGACGGUUCUCCACCAGCUUAGACAUUUCUGGUGACUGCUCGACUGUCAGGCUUUCGGACUCGGUGGAAGACCUAGUAAUACCCAAUGCAGAUCCUUCGAAAAGUCCAAGUCGGCCAUCAAGUGUCAUCAGCGAUGACAGUUUUCUUUCCAGCGAUUCUUUCGACCUGCUUGAUAUGACAUCUCAUACAAAAUCUCAACUGUUCUCCUAUAACCCAAGGAACCAUUUCUACAGUUCAGAGGAAGAAGACAUGUUGACCAACAAACCUAUAGAGACUCUUCGCAACCAAGAUCAUAAACUAUAGCCGGCAGCUUAGUGUUUGGAGGCUGUACCGAAAAAUUGUAAGAAUUCAAAUUUGCACAUGUCCAGCGCUGCCUGCCGAGCCGUUCUGGAUCGUGAAAGACAAAGACUUUCUUGACAGGCUGUUCUUUAUAAAUGAAAUCCUUUGAGAGUUCUUGUCUGUUGCCUUUGGUUGUAUUUUGUAAGUUAUCACUAGUAAAUUUCACUCUCCAGCGUCUUAAUCAAUGGGGAGUGAUAAGUGAGCAAGCGGGAUGAGUAGAUCAGUUUGGCUAAUUCACCGAUCCAUCUUUGUGCCAGAUCCCUUAGGUGGCCAUAAAUAUAAAGGGAUUGGAUGACACCAGAAAAACAUUGGUGGCUUUUUCUAGAACCGCCUAGACUCUCGUUCAUGGGCUGUGUCUGGUAUUGCAGCUCAACCCUAAUCACUGGGGGCACUGAGGCACACACAGAUAUCAUAGGCCCCAAUAUCAAAACUUGGUAAGGUUAGCCCAAUGAGAUCUUUUUUAAUCUUUACUUUAAAAAAAGUCAUUCGUUUGCCUACUUUACCCAACUUCUAUGUUAGAAAAAAAUUAAACAAGUGCUUUAUAAAUAUGGUGCUUGUUCUGAAUACCAUUUUUCUCAAUGCAUUUACACCCGACAACUGGCAUUAAAUACAUUGGUAAAUCACCCACAUUCUCAGAAUUUAAUAAAACUGACUGACUGCAACCACCACUAGGGGGAGCUCAGUGUAUAGGAAGUUAUACAGUUACCGUUUAAUUCAAUGUGAGAGGUAAAAUCUAUAUGCACUGAGCUCCCCCUGUUGGCAGUUGUUGGAAAAUGCCUUGGUUUUAUGCCGUAAACAGGAGAAGAUUAGUGCCAUAGCAGUGAUGUGGUCUUUCUCUGUGGUCAGUAUGCCGCUGAGUUCAGUGUAUAAGGAGCUAUUCACACGACCAUAUUUUCGGUCUGAUACGUAUUUUUUGCUGAUCACACACAGACCCAUUCAUUUCAAUGGGGCCACAAAAAAAUGCAGACAGCACACUGUGUAUUGUCCGCAUCCGUGUGUCUGUUCUGCAGCCCCACAAAAAAGAACAUGUCCUAUUCUUUUCUAUUUGCAGACAAGAAUAAGAAUUGUUACAAUGGGGCCCACGAAACAUAGAAUGUGUCGGCAGAUAAGAACCAUUUGGCCCAUCUAGUCUGCCCAAUAUACUGAAUACUAUGAAUAGCCCCUGGCCCUAUCUUAUAUGAAGGAUGGCCUUAUGCCUAUCCCAUGCAUGCUUAAUUUCCUUUACUGUAUUUGCAGCUACCACUUCUGCAGUGCGGGAUGCACACGGACCACAUCCGUAUUUUGUGAACCACAAAACGGAUACACUCAUAUGAAUAGUCCUUAAAAUUAGCCCCCCCUAGUGGUGGCUGCAAGCAAGCAGAAUUCUUUAUCCUUUAAACCGGAUUUGGGCUAGGGGUAUAUAUCCCUGCAGAUACAAUUUAAAAAAAAAUCCCAGGAUUUGGAUAUUGGGAAGCUUUCAUAGCCAGAGCCGCACACGAUCAGUGAGAGGAAGUUUUCAGAUGACAUGAAAUAUUGUGUCCAAAGACGGAGGAAACUGUUUAACAAAAUAUGGAAAUGCCAGAGCGUUCCGCUGGAGAAAGGGUAUAUAAAUAACAGGAUUAGGAUCCACUUUGUUCUGUCUUCAUAAAACAAUGGCUCUUUAUAGGGAGAACAAGACGCUGGCGAGGGACGGCCGUUACUGAGAUGAAAUAGCUUUAGUGGCACCAGUGUCAGCUGUCUUCAGGGUGGAUUGCUGGGCUGUGUCUGAUCUCGACCUGGUAAACAGCUGCUGCGUCUAUGCGCAAAGAAAAACAACAUCCUACUGUUCGAAUGGUUUUACAUGCAAGCGUAUUAUACUCCAGUCACAUCCAAAGCUGCAUUCAAAAUUCUGUUGGUUUAUUCUUACCAGAGCCUAGUGGAUUGCGAGAGUUCAGACGACUGAUUUAAAGGGAGUCUGUCAUCAGCAGCAGCUGUAAUAAACCAAGGGCCAUGGGCAAAUAGCCUUGUAUAUAUCUGAAAAGUCCCUGCCUACAUUGUGCAGAAGUGUGACAUUUUAAAAAUAUGCAAAUUAUCUGUACAAAAGGCAUGCCCGAUGAUAGAUCCCCUCCUUCAGGCUCCCAGCCACUCCCUCUUCAAUUUGAUUAACAGGGCCAUCACCUUGCUGGGUUCUAGCGUGAUUAGACAACGUGCAUGCGCAGUAGAGCCUGACAGUACAGUGUAAGUUCCUUCACCUGGCGCAUGUGCAGCAGACUUUACGCUGUUAGGUCGCAAGUGCAUUCUCUUUCACGGAGCAAGCAAUUUGCAAGCAGCUCUGUAUGUGACUAGAGUAUAAGACACAAUAUAACUCAAAAUCAGUACAAAUAUUUGUAAAAGUUACAGAUCUAGUAAUCACGUGACAAGUUUUUGAGAAAAAGCAGCUUGUCCCAAAAUUUUGAAACCAGUUUCAGAGGUAAAUGGGGGGCGAGGGGGGGGGGGGGCUGGAGAUAAGAUGUGACUGAAAUCCGUGCAAGUGCCACUAAACCUUGGCAUCAGCCACCUGCAUUAGAUUUAUGCUGAUUUCGACAAGACCUGGUAAUGCUAGGUUCACAUCAGCACAGCCUGCAUAAGGCCUCAUACACACGACCGUUCCAUUUUUUUGCGGAUCCGCAAAACACGGAAGCCGCCAGUGUGCCUUCCACAAUUUGCGGAACGGAACAGGCAGCCCAUUGUAGAAAUGCCUAUUC